AUGGAGCGGAUCAGUUUGGACAAGGACGCGGCGGCCGCUGUCGACGCUUAUGUCGAUUAUCGGAGAAUUGUUGGUGAGGAUGAUGGCGGCACCCUCUUCACACCGGAGGAGUAUGAAAGGUAUAAGAAAGAAGUAUUGCCAACGCGAUUACGAAAUCGAUUGUUUGUCAGCUGGACAUCACCCAAUGGCAUUGACUGCAAAUUAGUUGGUCCAGAAACACUUUGUUUUUGCAGACACAGAUAUAAACAGCACAAGACAGAUUUCAAAGAAAUUCCAACAGAGCGUCCAAUCUUGCUCCCCUGCAGAGUAACAGGUUGCCGGUGUAUCUCCUACAAUUAUGUACCACUGAAUGGAACUCAGCCAAUUCGUUGCAGGUGCAAACACUUUGCAGAUGAUCAUAAUGAAAUGACACCAUAUAAAUGCCAAAAAUGUAUAGGAUGUGCUGGGUUUCACAGCUCCUUUACCUGUGGGUGUACCCACCCAACAUAUGCUCAUACAAUGAUUGUCGAGACCAAAGAAGAACGCUUGGCUAGAGGACGAUCAGUAGGACCAGAUGUUCCCUAUGCUGCUAUGGGAGGGCUCACUGGAUUUAAUGCAUUGGCAGAAGGAUAUAUGCGACUAGAUUCAAGUGGAAUAGGGGCACCAAGCGAUGAAAUUCUUGAUGCACCUUCUACUUCAAUGGAUCAUCCUUUUCUGAGAGCUUAUGGACCACAAAUGGAUGCAAUAAAUGCUGGACACUCUCCAGAUGAUGUUUAUGGUUUAAGUCGAUUUGCUCACCUUCCCACAGCUGAAGAGCGAGACAUGGCUUACUUUGAAAGCCAGUAUCAAGAACGGCUUAAGAUGGAAAAGGCUGCUGCUAAGGGACAGAAAAAAAUUCCUGCGUCUAAAGGUGAAACUUCACAAGUGCCAAAACCAUCAAGACCGCCAAAACACUGAAAGUCCAAAGAACAUACAUGUAUUUAAAUGUCUUUCCAUUUAUCAAGUCCAUCAGAUAAAUUAUUGAUGUCACUACACCAUUCUACUUGC